UAUGUCUGUCUGUUGACCAGUUGUCCAUUGCAUUUGAGUAGCGCCACAGCGAGAGACUGAACAGAAGAAAAGAAUAAUAUACAUCAGUCACCAUGGGCGCCAGCAACGACGAAGAAGAGUCCGCCAGGCUUGAUCCGAGUCUGCCGACCUCAGAAAAAAGUAUCCCUGAGCGACGGGGCCUGCAUCCUAUCUUUUUUAUCGUUGCUUGGAUAGUGUUGAGCUCCGGCUUGAUCUUGUUCAACAAGCAAAUUCUUGGCCACACCAAAUUCUCUUUCCCUAUCUUCCUAACGACAUGGCAUCUUGUCUUCGCAACCAUUAUGACCCAGAUCCUGGCUCGCUAUACGAACCUCCUUGAUGGCCGCCGCAGGGUCAAGAUGACCGGCCGUGUCUAUCUGCGCGCCAUCGUGCCCAUCGGAGUGUUCUUUAGCUUGAGUCUGAUCUGCGGUAAUGUCACCUAUCUCUAUCUCAGCGUGCCAUUUAUCCAGAUGCUCAAGGCCACCACCCCCGUCGUGAUCCUUCUCUUCUCCUGGGUCUUCAAACUUGAGCCCAUCAACCUUAAGCAGUUUGGCAAUGUGUGCAUCAUUGUGCUGGGUGUGAUGGUUUCGUGCUUUGGCGAAGUCGAUUUUAUCCUCAUCGGCGUUUUAUUCCAGAUUGGCGGUAUAGUUUUCGAAGCCAUCAGACUCGUCAUGGUCCAGCGGCUAUUGUCAUCCGAUGAAUUCAAAAUGGAUCCUCUGGUUUCGCUCUACUACUUCGCUCCCGCCUGUGCGCUUAUGAAUGGAGCAGUUGCUUUAGCUGUCGAACUGCCGAGGAUGAAACUUGCGGAUAUCCAAGACGUCGGUGUGGGUGUUUUGAUUGCGAACGCCCUCGUUGCCUUCUUGCUCAAUAUUUCUGUUGUCUUUCUCAUUAGCAAAACCUCGUCCCUAGUCAUGCGCCUGUGCGGCAUCCUCAAGGACAUCCUGAUUGUCAUUUCCUCCAUGAUAUUAUGGCACAACCCCGUUACAGCACUGCAAGGCGGCGGCUACGGAAUCUCGCUUCUAGGUCUUGUGUACUAUAUGCUCGGUUACGAUCGCAUUGUCGGAUAUGCCUCCCGUGCCGGCGGGGCCAUUGGCGCAUACCACUCCAAAAACCGGGUGAUAUCUGUGCUGAUACUGAUGCUGGUUGGUUUCGUGGUUGUCCUAUUCCUCACCGCAAUCCUAGCGAUCAAUUAUGCGCCGGAGAAAGUCGAUCAGCUGAAAAGCUGGAUCUAUUACACAACGACGGGGGAUGAUACAUCCUAAGAUGAUUCGUUUAAAAUAUUCUUGACUUUGUCUAACGAUACACAUUUUCCACUUUGCAUCUGGGCGGCGUUUGAGUAUUACUGUACAAUAUGGUCGACUAUUACCUUUUCUUGGUUUCGGG